CCCUCCCUCCUCCACUCUCUCCUCCCCUUCCUCCUCCGCGUCCCCCCGCACCCCACACUCCCCCUCUCUGACCCCCAGCUUUGGCCCCUCUGGCCCCUCCCUGUAUCCCUCCUCGCAGCUGCUGGAUCGUGACUCCCCCACGGGUGAGCAUCCAGCCUGGUGGCUGCUCGCUGGUGGUAUUCGUCUGGACUUUGGCCCCUCCCUGUAUCCAGCCUCGCAGCUGGUGGAUCAUGGUGACCCCCCCAUGGGUGAGCUUGAAGAUCUGACCUGGUAUCUGCUGGCUGCUGGUAUUCGUCUGGGCUUUGGCUCCUUUGGCUCCUCUGUCCCCUCCCUGCAUCCAGCCUCGCAGCUGCUGGAUCGUGACUUCUCCCCAGGGGUGAGCAGCAUCUAG